GCUUAUGUCUUCACCACCAAGUAUGAACAUAUGGCAGGAUUGUUGUCAGCUCUGGUCCAGAUUACUGUCAGAAAUGUCACCACUGGGCGUGAACCAUCCUCAAAUCUUGUCGAACUUCUGGAGAAAGUCAUACAUAUUUAUAAGGGUUCCCAGAGGGCUCACCCAAACCAGAAACAGGUACUACAGAUGGUUACUUCUAAACUGUUGGUGCCAGCAGUCAUGUUGUGGGGCUGUACCCAUUCAGACAAGGCUGAGAUCAAGUCACUAGGAACAACACUUAUAAACAUCAUACAGAAUGGCAUUUUUGACAAGGACCAUCAGGUGAGCUUCAAUAUGUACCUGAGUACUGUCUGUGGUGAAGGCGAGUCAAUGGCUUACUAUCUCAGGACUAUCGAAAACCUCUUCAAUACAAUAUCCAGCAUACUCGAUGGCAAGCAUGCCUUAAAACUGACGUCUAACAAGGACAUGAGGUUGUUUACACUAGAUUAUCUCCCCUACUUCUUCAACGGCUUUAUUCACCACAAGUGUAACUCAGAUAAUAUCACAGCCCACCGACUCUUCCUCUACAUCUGCUCUCUGAUUGGUGUAAAACUAGAUGACAGCGACCCCUGUGAACAAGCACUUGAACCAUCACUAAUAAGGGUGAUAACUGGCCUACUUAAGAUGGUCCAGGAGGCAGAUAUUUAUCAUGUUGCUAAUGACAAUGCUGCUGGUGGACAGCAACUUCAGGCCUAUAGGACCAUACUGGAUGUGGUAUUGAGGAGUAGUAGCUGCCCAGAAGUGUUUGAUUGCUUCCAACAGCUGCUGUACUUAAACCAUAUGAUCCUGGAACCAAGACUUACUGAAGUUCUGCGUUUGUGUCUUCUGAAUCAGGCCCAGCAGUGUGAUGUGGCUGACAAGUUUCUUACUGAGCUGAUUUCUACCUAUGGCAAGUUACGACAGGUUCCUAAAUGGAUAGAGAAAGUCCUGGCCACGGUGGAACAGUCCAACCUAACAACUUGGUCAGGCUUUCCAUCCCUCUUCUCUGAAAGGUUUGGUGAUGUGGUCCAGUCUCUACCCCAGGGAACCACAGUUGAUAUCUGGGAAAACCUGCUUCAAGUGAUCACCAAGAAGUACCGACCACAGCUGGUGUCAGACUCAGGUAAAGGAGGCUAUCAAUGUAAAGAUAAAAGAUAUUUCAGAUGGAGAUGUACAUGGGGAAACUGGGGAAAUAAGCUGGUGUGUAUGGCUGACCUUGUACAGCUGUACCUGAGGAAUGUACGUAUAGUCGACUACUCCAUCACAGACUCAACCUCAGUCAAGGUCAACCAGCUGAUGACAGCCAUGGAAACUGACGUUCUGGUUCCCUUGUUGGACCUGUGUUUAGAGAGUAAAAAUUCGUGUACUUUGCCAUUGGGGACACUCCUCUUAUGUGGUGUGUGGGGUGAACUUGAGGUAAUGCUCGGACAAUACACACAGCGGCAAACAGGGUACAAACAAAAAAAUCUUGAUGGGAUGAGCAAGGUCAGUCCAGUCAUUCUCCACACUUACUGGUCAGCUGACAAUUGGACAAAGCUACAAAAGGCAAUAGACAAGUCUGAACACAUGGAUGUUAAGUACUGCUGGGAUCUCCUAGUCCACCAGGUACUGAGGGUCACUCUACUCUCUGUUACAAUGGCCUCUACUGAUCUGUCCACCCUUCUGACUGGAGUUCUAGAUCAGCUUUUCACAGUGACAAUUGAUAACUUUGCAGGGCAUGAGUGGGAUGGAAAAGUGUUCAGUGUAACUAAACAAAACUGCAAUACAGCGAAGUGGAGUCUGCUUGAGAUGUCUCUGCCUUUGGUGACCCAGUGUCUGGAGGGGCGACAUAUUAAGAUAAUUGCUGAUUUUAUAGUGCAGCUGUAUCUGGAUGACAGUGUCCAAAGUGAAAGAAUCUGCAUGAGACGAAUUGGUGACAGAAUCAUGGAAGGCUAUGUUUUUAGGCAGAAUAGAGAAAUCCAAUCCUCCAUCCUGACAGCUGUGUUGAAAUGUAUCAGUGUAGCGUUAAAACCUAAUGUCAAGGUUGGCAAGAAGAAGAAGAGUGAUUUAUCAGUAGUAUAUCAGGUUUUAGGGAAUCUAGGCGAUUCAGACAAAGUUUGGACACAAGAUAUGGACAGCACAAAGUUGGAAUUUCUACAGAACAUCACUACGACAGUGGGUGACCUCCUGUCUAGUGACAAUGACCUAGUGGUGUCUCCAUCAGUCAUCUCCAAUGUAGGCAAGAUGAUCCAGCUCCUGUCACUUUUGCCAAUAGAAACUUUCAAUUCUUCAGACCAGCACAGAUGUAUUCUGGGGCUGACCGUUAUUCUGCACACUCUGCGUGGAUCAGUUGAUACAGAUCUGAAGGUUGUAGAGAAGUGUGCUGGUCUCAUGGCUGUUAUCAUGGAGGCAGGACACACACCUGUGUUUCAGAUGCUGGAUCUGGUGACAUAUUUGGACUGGUUAGAUAAACUGUACUUGUGCUGUCAGGUCUGCUCUGCUCUGGAGAUGAGGAUGAAGUUAUUACUGGAAGUGACCUGUAGAACAGUAGUAAUGGAUUACAAGGCUCUCCCGAAACUUACUGCCUACAGUAACAAGAUCAGAGAAAAGAUAGCAGACUUUAAGAAAAAGAAGACUGAUAAUAGUUUGGAUGGUUGCAUGAUUAUAGUGUCCUGCUGUUUAAAUCAGCUAGAAAGAUCGCUGAAAAAGUCAUUCUUACCUGCGAGUGUGAGAGAGAUCUGCGAGACCUGUUUACUGCAUCUCAUUGGCGUUACCAUCAAGUUUGUUGCCUCUAAGAAAACAGAUCCAACAAAGCUACCACUGGCCGCUGUCAGUUGCUAUGCAACAACUUUGAAAUGCUGUUCCUUUGGGGAGGAGAUGACCGAGGUGGAAAAAACAGUUCGGGACAGUUUUCAUCUUCUGUUGAAUUGGUCAUUGAAAGUUUUACAACAGGAGGAUGUGGGACAUAGUAGCCAGUCAGAGGCUCUGAACUUAUUGUCUGUGAUUUGCUGUAGCCAUGGAAUGCUAACAGAGCUGUUUACAACUGACCACAAGGCUCAGGUCUGGGACAUACUCAUGGCCCUGUUUAAGAGGGUACUUACUUCACAGAAAACAACGAUGUCAUUGACCAGCGUGGAAAAUAAACCUGAUGAUACAAAUUUACCGGACUGGAGAAUUCAUAGGAGGAUACUGCUGUACAACGGCCAGUUAACUGACCAGCAGUGGACACCAGUCAUUCUUACCCAGCUUCAGGAAACUGUAGCCGCUUUAAUACCUUCCUGUGAGACUGACCAGUUCCAGGACAUGAUAAACAGCCUUCUUACUCAGACAGGUGUAGAGUAUAUAGGGACAGGUACACAACAGCUAGCCUCCACCUUGUACAUCUGGCAGCAGCUGCUGAACUUUGAUCUCUCGCCGAACCAGAGCAGUGUCGUAGUUCAUGCUGUGAAAAACCUGAUGUUGAACUGUGUAUCGUUGAUGCAGCAUGUAAACGGUAUAGAUGAUGAGGGCUUGAUCAGUUCUCUAGCUGUCCCAGUACUAACCACACUGGUCCGGAUGCUGGAGUUUGGGCCUAAACUGAUGUCAUCAUACACUGCCUCUAUGGCUCUCCACUGUUGCCAGUUCACUCCAUUAGAUGGCAGCACGAGUUUUGUCCCAGCAUUCCAUGCUGUGUACAAUGUUCUCAAUGCCCUGUUGGUACAUCAUACAAACACUGUUUACAGUGUUAUCCCCUCCUUCCUCAGCUGCACCAAACGUUUGCUGAAAGUGGUGGUUAACCGAGGUGACCAGGAGAGAAUCGGUCAGGAUCCGGAUGUGUUAACCAAGCUGAUAGACUGUACACUUCUGUUUGAUAGGUUGUGUCAGCUGAUCAGUACACACAAGCGAGAUUUUAACAAAGUGGCUGGUUACCUUGUAUCUGACUAUGUAUGUGAAGUACAGAAGGUCUCUCUCCAUCCAGAUGUAAAGAAGACCCUAGUCCCGGCGGUGUAUAAAUUGUUGGAUCUUUGUGACAAGUUCAGUAUUUCUCAGCUCCACACUGUACUGCAGACAGGUGUGAAAGAAGUUUUUAAAGUUCUUUAUGACGACUAUACAAAAUACUUCAAGUACACUGAGAAAUCCUGAGACGAGGUGAGCUAAACCACUGGGUCCUCUAGACAGUGCUUCAGUGCCAUCAUCAGUCUUACAACAAGAGGGCACAUCUCUAUUUGUCUUCUAGCAGGAUAAACUAACUGCUUUUAACCAGUAGGACCAGUGUUGAGGGAUCACUGAUGACAAACAAGGUCCUCCCUACAGACUGAGGUAUUCUGCAAAUACCGAGGAGAGGGCAUGUAAGUCCUCAUGUCCAGUUAUGAUAAGCUCAGCAGUCUGCUGGGCACAGCUAACAUAAAGAAACCCACAAGGUCCUUGUCAGUGUCAGUGGCAAGUCCAGGCAUUUCUUAUCAAAAUAAAGUUGAUGAUUAUGAUGGAGUCUGGAAGUUGGUCAAGUAUUGUUCCUUGGCUGAAACUAGCAAAGAAAGUGGAUAACCAGAGCACAGUAUAAAAUAUAUGAACCAAAUACUGGGUAAUGGCUAUGAGAACUUUGGGGAAACAAUGAGGAGAGUUAAGUUGUUAUGUAAUGUUAAGUGUCUAACUGUGGGAAAUCUAAGGAUGGCUAUCACGGAAGACUGUCAAAUGUGGAUAUCAUAGAAGACUGCCAAAUGUGGUGUAAGACUUAUAUAAACAAGAACAUCCCACACAAUUAAUGAUACCAAUUAGAAUGUUUGUAUCAGUUCCUGAAUGUUUUAUCGUCUACUACAGUUAGUUGAGAACAAUGUUUGUGCUCUCUUACACUCGAGAACAUCUGUGAUAUUUUUAAGGUGCAUGUUUUAUGUGAUAAAACUGGUUGCAGCUGUACAUUUGUUGGUACAUAGAGAAUAAAACAAUAAUCUCCAUGUUUUAUGUAUGUGGUCUGUUUCCAAGCAUGAGAUUCUACAUACCCUAUCACAUAUAAAUGUUUAGAACAAUGUCUGUAAUAAUUACAUGAUAUUGAAGCUUUGAAUAUUAUAAAUUUCCUGCUGGUAUACUGAGUGAAUGUAUGCAGCAAGGUGGAACGUUGCCAUUGACUUUGUUUCAUCAAGAAAUGAAAAUUAAAAAAAAAUGGCAAAUCAGAAAAGCGCAUUUGGCAU